AUGUCACAAGUCUUGGCGUAUUUUUUAGCAGACCUUCCCUUGGGAAAUGACGAAGAAGUGAAGGGAAUACCAGAGACGCAGGAAGACGAUAAAGAUCCGAUUGAUGUACUUGAACCCUCGAGCCAAAGACGAUGGGAGGUUUUCGUCGACGGAUCAAGGAAUAGAAAAGGGACAGGCAUAGGCAUCAUUAUCACCACCCCAACCGGAUAUAGGAUCGUGCAUGCACUAAGGCUGGAGUUCAAGGGGAAUACCAACAACAUCGUGGAGUACGAAGCCGUAGUACAUGCUCUUCGGUUUAUAAUAGAAAUUGGAAUAAUAGACGUGCGCCUGACAAGUGAUUUACAACUAGUCAUUCGACAAGUGGAGUUGGAAUACAAUGUUUAUUAUGAGACCCUCUCAGCAUAUAUGGCUGUGGUCCAGACCCUAGCAUCACAAGUACCCAACAUCAAGUUCCGACAUUUAUGUAGGAGGGACCUUAGGCAUGCUGAUGCUUUAGCAUACAUAUCAUCCAUUCUAAGAGAUGAAAGCGCCAAGGCCAUCAAGGUGGCAAGAGUAUAUGAGCCUUCGAUUACUCCACAACAAUCCUUCUCUAUCAAUCGUGAAGACGAUGUAGGGGAGGAUAUAGCAGAUGAUGAUGUGGGGGAAGAUAUCCACGAUGAUUUCGUCGAAGACGAUAUCUUGUCAAGAGCAAACGAAGACGAAUAUUUCAGCAGCAAAGAGGAUUGGAGAACCGAAAUCCACAUGUUCCUUGAAGAAGGAAUGCUUCCUGUAGACCUGAAGCAAGCUCGAAAGAUACAGUCAAGGGGAGGGAGAUAUGAUAUUCGUAACGGAAUUCUUUAUAAGAAGUCUUUCCUCGGACUUUUAUUGCGUUGUUUAUCCAGGGAAGAAGGCCAUCGUGCCCUGAAGAACAUCCACUAUGGGACGCAGGAAACCACAGCGGAAUGA